AUGUCAAAUCGAAAACCCAAAUCUAUUGAUAUAAAUCCAUUUUCUAUUGCUGCUCAAUUAAAAGAAGGUUCAAAUAAUGUUGAUAGUGAAUCUUCUACUGAAAAAAGCGAAAACAAUCCCCGCCAGCUUAAAGUACCACGAUUGGCCAAAGAAUCAUUAAACUGGGACCCGAAUUGGCCUAAACUAUAUCCUUGGGUUUAUCGUGGAGAAGGAUCAUUAACCAAAUUUAUGUUCUGUCGUUGGUGCAAAGAGGCUGGUAAAAAUAAUAAUUUUACCAAAGGUUGUGAAUACUUUAAAAAACAAUACUUAGAUCGGCAUAUUAAUAUUAAUGAUCAUCGGUUAGUUUGUGCUGCUCAAAUACAAUCUCAAAUUACCUUGCAUUCUAGUUUUGCUAUUCAAGCUGGAACCGAUCAAAUUAAGGUUAUGAGAAAUAUGCGCAAUAUAUAUUUUUUAAUUCAACAUAAUUUGUCUACCAACAUAUUUGAAAGUUUGUGUAAGCUAUCUGAAAUUCAACGUGGUGAAGACCAAAACCAAUUUGAAUGUGGUACUGAGAUUUUGAAUUUAUUUAAUAAUAACCAGCUUGCUGAUAAUGAUGAACGAGCACAAUAUGGUAGUUAUCAAAAUAAUGUUUCAGUACGUGAAUUUAUUGAAUCAAUUGGUCGUGUUAUAGAACAAGAAAUUUUUCAAGAAUUACGUAAAUCAGAUGCAACUCAACUUAAAAAUAAAAAUCCAUUUAUUUUGGAGCAUCAUUGUAUUUCUCAUAAAUUAGCAUUAGCCGCAAAGGAUGCGGCAAAACAAGUUGAAGAAUUUAAACAAUAUGAAAAAAUUGUACAUAAUAUUUAUAGUUAUUUUUUACGAAGUCCAGAACGUAUGAUGCAUCUUAAAAUGACAGAAGAAAAUCUUGGUAACCCACAUCUUACAGUUUUAAAUAUUAUUGAAACCCAUUCAUAUAAUAAUACGGUUGCUGAAGCUUUAUACAAUAGUAUUGAUGAGACCUUUAUUAUUACAACAAAAUUUUUUGCUGAUAUUCUUGGAACACUAAGACGAAUGAAUCUUCUUUUUCAAAAAAAUCAUAUUACUAUUCGUGAAGUGAAAACUCAACUUGAUGUUACUAUUUAUACUAUUCAAUUACAAUUUCUUGGAACUGAUAAAGUUAAACCAUCUUGGGGAACUCAUUUGCGCAGGUAUAUAAAUGAUCAUAAUAUUAUCACAGACGAAUUACCUAUUAUUAUUACAAAAUUUGCACGUGCCUCAAUUGAAUCAUUAGAGAAAAGAUUUCCAGAUCGAAUUCAAGUUGACGCAUUUCAUAUUUUUGAUCCAAUAGCUUUACCUGUUGAGAAUUCUGAAUUUCAAAAGUAUGGUGAAGACGAAAUUGAAAUUUUGGGCAAUUUUUAUGGUCAAAACAAACAUAAAUCAGGAAAUUUAUUUCCUGCAAUUUUAGAUUCUGAAAAUUUAAAUCACGAAUGGCCGUCAGUUAGAUUUCUUCUAACUAAUUAUAAAAAUUUUAAUUUUUUGGAAGCAUGGAAACGUAUUUUUUCUGAUCUUCCUACUUUUAAUGAAAUUUACCCUGAAACUGCAAAGUUAAUUUCUAUUUUAGUCAAUCUUCCUUUAACUAAUGCAGUUGUUGAACGUAUUUUUUCUCGACAAAACUUAAUUAAGACAAAACUUCGAAAUCGUAUGAGUAUUUUUACUUUGAAUUAUCUUCUUCUUAUUUCUUUUAAUGGACCUAAAUUAGAAGAUUUUAAUUUCCAAUUAGCGUAUCAAGAAUGGUGUAAACUUGAUCGUAGAAUUAAAUAA